GCAUGCUUGCUCCCAGUAAUAAACUGAGAAAAUAUCGUUGUUAAACAAUAUUAAUCACAAUUUAAGCCAACAUUACGAUCAUGCAAGACUAAAUUAGUCCGUGAUGUAAACAUCCGUUAGCUGAUGAUUUGAAGUGUUUAAGUUGCGCAGGCACUUAGUACUUCUCCAAUGACCUCUAAAAACUGAAAUUAACAUUAACGUUGGGCGCUGAUGUUUCUAUUUCCUGAAAUACUUCCUUGCAUAAUGCUGAAUCAGAAAAUGUAAAUUUUCAAAGAGGGAAAAAAAUUUUACUUUCGUCCAGGUUUCACCGUCGUCGUUACGCUAUACUGACGCGUGCGGUUUUGGCGGGAAAUCGCGGGCUCUUUAGGUAAAAAUUGACCAAUUAGGUAUCAAAGCUGAUCCCUUAGAGGAAAUUUUGAAGUGGACGGCACUGGACUACAGGAACAACAGACUUGAAACCAAAUUACUGUUGUCAUUUAACUCAAAUUUCUGCCUAUCCAGAUAAGAAAAAUGUAUAUUUGAUAAAAAUAAUUUGUAUUCUUUCAGAGAAUCUUAAAGAUGCAAGUUAUUCUUUUCUUGAUUACGAAAUAAAUUCCCAAAUUUUUAAUUACCAUCACCACAUUUUAACAUUCUACAUGUGAUUACGUGCCUAAAGACAUAGAAAUUCUGGGCUGUUUUCAUAUCAAUACUCUUGGCUUUACUAAAAUUUUUCACAAACUUAUCCUGAUUCGACCACUCACUAGGCGUAAGGUAGUUCCUUAAAACAUCCCAAAAUGUCUUUCAGUGUUCUCUUUUCUUUUUCUUAAGCACAAAAUAAAGUGUAGUUCUCCCCCGUAAAUUAAACUUUCCUGGCAUAACAAAGAUGUUUUUAUGUGGGAUCCGAAUUUUUUUGUUUCCCUUGCCACAAGCAAUUGCUAUUGUUUUGAAUGCUUUGGCCAUUAGUUUGUAUGAAAAACACACCCACACAAUCGAUACCCCUCACAUGACGGACUCGGUUCAUGUUUCUCCCGCAUCAUUCGCCGUUUUACAUGUGAAACCUUAUUGAAAGGGGUUUUUAACAUUCCUGUGACUUGGGUAAUGUGAAAUCUGAUCAUCAACGACUGGAGAAUGAAGUUGGCUGUCCUCGCAUAUUUUUUCAUUCUCACAAGGAUUUCUUGGGGAAAGGACGAUCCAUGUCUAGGGAAACGUAGUCGUUUAAAGGGAGGAACAAAACGAAACCUUACAACUCUAGGGGAUUCCUAUGGUCUGGGGGAUCAGUCUAUUCAGUUCACAGUUCCAACCACAUCUCCCCUUAACGAUGUUAUCUGUCCGGGCGUGGCUGGGCUCCCCUUAAAAAUUGUUCUUGGUGUGAAACCGGUAGCAAAUUCGAAGCCAACCUCAGCGGCAACGACCAAAAUAACGGCAGCCACAGUGAAACUGACUACUCCCACAGUCAAAACAGCAGUGGCGGCAGCUAACGCAGCGGCUGCUGCCAAGGCAGUGGCUAACUCUAAGGCUGUUAAAGCUGCCAAAAAAGCAGUCGCUGCAGCAAAAGUAGCGGCUACUAAUGCUGCCGCAAAAGCGCAAGCAGCUGCGAAUGCGAAGAAGGUGGCAGCUGCUAAGGCCGUGGCUGCUGCGGCAGCGGCUACCAAAGCUAAAGCUGCUGCAGCUGCUAAAGCACAAGCUGCGGUCAAAGCAGUGGCAGUAGCCAAGGCUGCAGCAGCUGGGAAAAGUGCAGCUGCCGCUAAAGCUCAAGCAACAGCAAAAGCGGCAGUUGCAGCUGUAGCAGCAGCAGCGGCAAAGAAAGCAAACGCUGCCAAGGUCGCAGCAUCAACUGCAGCUGCCGCCGCCAAAGCUCACGCGAAAUCAAUUCAGCAAGCAGCACAGGCAGCCAAAGCAACAGCAGCGGCAAAAGCAGCCGCUAAUGCCAAGGCACAAGCAAAUGCCAAGGCGGCAGUAGCUGUUGCUAAUGCAGCAAAAGCCAAGGCGGCUAAUGCAGCAAAAGCUGCAGCGGUCGCUAAAGCAGCAGCCAAAAUAAAAGCUGCGUCAGCCGCGAAGGCUGCAUCCGCAGCAAACAAAGCAGCCGGAGCUAAAAAUAAAGCAGCAGCCGCAGCAGUGGUAGCCAACGUUAAAUCGUCUGCAGCAAAGAGCGCAGCAUCAGCCGCCAAGGCAGCAGCUCAGGCUAAAUCAGCUCAAGCAGCUAAGGCCGCUGCGGCAGCCAAAUCCGCAGGUAAGCCAACAGUGGCUCCGGUAUCAUUGGCGACUCCAUCAGUGACGUCGUCUGGAACUGGAGUGAAAGCAGCAACAAAGCCGACCCUGUCUACAAAGCCUGGAGCCGGUGGCACCACACCAACAACAGCCGCCACCGCCAAGCCAGGGUCAGUUGGAAAUAAACCAGGUUCUCGUCAGAAGUCGUUCAAUGCAGUAGUGAGAUUACCUAGUGCUGCACACAAGCCUGUACUCAACAAUAAAAAAUCAGCACAGUUCAAGACACUGGCAAAGAACCUCUGUACUAAGGUAAAGUCAGCUAUCCAAGGGGGCAAGGCUGUCAAAGAAUGCAAUGUUCAAAGUUUCCGUCCCGGCAGUCUUCUCGUAGAUUUCUACCUGAGGUUCUUAAACACCAUACCUAACCCCGUGCAACUUUUACUAAAUUUACUGAAAACUGGAUUUAUGGGAGGAAUUCCUGUUGAUAAAUUACCACUGAGACUAUACAAUGGGACGGGAGUUAAGUUUCCACCUGGUUUCUCAGGCUGCAAACCCGCAGGGUGCCCAGUCCCUUGCACACCUCCUACAUGCAGCAUUGCUUGCUCUACUGGGAGUCCGUGUAGUCCUCCUGCUAUCAUCCAACCCGUCGCCCCAACUCCACACGUCAUGGUGGGUCCUACAAUUCCAGCGAUACCUGUGUCUUAUCCCGCUCCUCCUGUUUACGCUCCAGCACGAGCCCCUUAUCCAGCUCCUCCGCCCAUGCCCCCUCAGCCCGCCUGCCCGGUGCAAUGCUUACGGCAUACACCACAGUUCUGCCCGUCUUACUGUGGGAAGGGCUGCUGUCAGUCAAGUUUUCCUUCAUAUACGGGAAAGAAAACUGACGUGAAGAGACCAAAAAGGAUCUUGUAGUCGACUAACGAAAGGCGUACUCGUCGGAAGACGUAAAAAUCGAUACCCGCUCAAAUUUAAUGGGGAAAAAUCGUAUUCCAAGAAUAUUAGCGCUCAUCCUUCCUUCACUUCUCUUCUGGGAUAGCUGACCGAGAGGAAACAAAUCAUGUCUACUAUGUAACUAGAACUUUAUAGCUUUAAAUGAUGAUGGAAUGCAAUAAGUUAUCAGUAAGGUAGCUGAUAAUAGUUUAAUUUGUAGGUAUCUCGCUCAGACAUGAUUUCCCUAGCGGAACGAGACCACGCAACGUUCAGGCGGGAAACUGGGCUAUAGGCAUCAAAAACCCAGUCAAAUCAUUCACAAUAGACAACUAGACUGUCGAUGGUUAUUGUAAUAUAAACGGGGUUAUGGAUUGAUAUACAAGGACAAAUACUUAAUAGCCGUGCGGACGGUUUAAAUACGUCAUUAAUCGAUCAAUACCUAAUUUAGUUAAUUCAUUGAUUAAUUAAAGGAAGGAAGAACCAAUCAGUAGGUAAUGAAAUUACCAUCUGCAAUCAAUUCCUGGAAACAAAAGUGGUUUAUCACGCUAUUGAGUUAUUCUGUAUAGUCUGGUUUUGUCACCCUGAAUUAGCUUAUAGAAGACAGACGAUGCACAACGUAGCGAUGCUUCCGGCUCGCGCAUGCGCUCUUUAACCUUUACUGAAGACUGGUCCUGAUCGUCGUUCCGGUUCAAACCAACACGAAGAAUAAAAUCAUUCGUAAAUUUUAGCACUUAAUCAAGAUGUAUUUGAAACCACGCUGAUUGUAUGAAUGAACUACUUCUACUCGAAGUAGAAUUUCUUUUUAUUAUUUAACUCUUCCAUUACUUAUCAAAAUCUGUGACGAUUAAAACCAGUGUACAUGCCCAGCUUGGAAAAAAGUAGAGAGGAACUGGGAACACCUGUCAUAACAAUUUUGUUUUCGGCGUAAUUGUCUACUUUGUUAGGGGGGAAUUGAACUAGUACGUAAGCAGGCAUCAUCAAAUUGUUCGGAGCAUGCAAAACAAAGAAGAAAAAAAUUGCAGGAGGAUUCUGGCGCGAAGACGAGCGUGACGAACGUACUGUUAUAAUUAAAACAAACACAUAAUCUGUGGUUGGAAAACGUUCGCAGGCCUAUUGCGAGCUUUAUCUAAUAUUUUAACGGAUAAUUGACUAAAAUGACGUUCGGCAGGACGUCAAAUGAACUUUGUGUUUUGUUCCGUUAGACCUAAGUUUCCCUAAACGUCACACAUAUUUGCGAGCAACUCUUUGAAGCUACGUUUCAAGCUGUUUUUCUUGACCGACGUUAGCAAUUAUUGUGAAAAACGAAACUGAAUAUGGUUUUUAAUUAACGCUCAUAUAAAAAGAUCAAGACAUUUAGGUUGCAAAUUUUUAGCAACUUCUGGCGUGAACUUGUUGG